AUGAGUCUGGAAUCGUUGUUUCAGCACAUCAUCUUCACUGAGCAUCGGGCCGAGGAGAGCCGCAGAGUGAUGCGGGAAGUGAGGUCGGAGAUUGCCAGAUGUCGUGGGGAAAUCAAGAAAGCAACAGAGGAUCUGAAUGAAGAGAAAAUCAAGUUGGGACGCAAGGUUCAGCAGUUUUCUGAGAAAUCUUUCCUCUUGGAGCUUUUGAAAACCCAUGAAAAUGCAUUAGAGAGACAGCGCAGUGAGAUUGUCAGUGAGCGGGACACACUGCUCCAAGCCUUCGAGGCUAUAAAGAAAAAAGCCACAGAGGAAGAGGAAAGAUUUAUUACAGAAAUUACAGACUUCAAUGACAAUUAUGAAAUAACCAACAAAAGAGAUACUUUGAUGAAAGAAAAUAUCAAGAUGGAAAUUGCUGACCUAGAAAACCAGGCAGAUGUUUUGAGAGGGGAGAUGAAGUCAAUGGAGUAUAACAGUGGCCAGUUACGGGAACUUCAAAAGCAAAAAAGUGAACUGUUACAAGAAUUAUUUACUCUCCAGAAAAAGCUUAAAGUUCUUAAAGAUGAAGAGACUGAAGCCAUUUGUAUCACCAAACACCUAGAGGCAGAAAAAAUCACAAUAAGAGAAAAGCCUCACUGUGAUCCUGAGUGUGUGCGGUAAGCGGCUUUUAACAGGCUUAAAAGGGAGUUAGAUCUUUAUAAAGCAGAAGACAUGGAAAGUGUGUGCAGAGCUCUCCAAGCAGAAGUAGACCUUCUGGGGUCGACACUGGCAUCAAAGGGUCCUCAGGACGAUAACUCCUCAAUCCGAAGAGCCGCCCCACACUUGAGCAUCCUAGAACCAAGAUCUCCACAUGAAUGUGAGGCGAGCUGA